UGCACCGAGCCCUUCAAACCCAUUCCUUCCUUUUCCCACCUUCACGGCUAUGAAGGUCCAACGAUUACAUCUGGGCAAAUCUGCCGCAGGGACACCUUUCUACAUGUAUCAAAUACCGACAAUGUCCUCAUCUGAAAACUUGAGAAAUUCUUUCUACCAAGUUGACAUCAUCGAAGCACUUUUCUUCGACCAGGAAUCUCGACUUGUUGACUACGUACCACCACAAUAUUUUCAAAGCGAGGGAUGCUAUUACUACAAAAAUGAACAAGGCGACAAAUAUCUUUUAGCGCAAGCCAUUGGUGAAGCUGCUGUAAAACUCAAUAAGUACCUUCUGGCUGAAAUCUGCAAGUUGAAGCGAGAAGACGUUUUGACUGGCGUAGCAGACAAGCUACUAGAAAGUGUUACACGAUUAACGAAAGCUGAGCAGCAUAUGGAAGACGAUUAUGAUAUGUCGCUCAUACCAGCAAGCCCUCCUUUUGAUCUACAUCCAGUCAAGCCUGAGCCUGAAUCGCCACCGCCCAAUCAUCUCGGAACUCCACCAGCAGAAAGAACACCUAAGCGGCGGCUUAAUAAUCCCAUGUCACUCGAUCAAUUAGUAUCUGAACAGGCGCAAGACAGGUUUUGCAGCGAUGAUGAUACCCUCAAACGACGAAGAUUAGCCCCAGAUUCAAAUGAAAGACCACAGAAUGGUCGUUUCAAGCAGACGAAAAGCGAAGAGAGGAUCGCAAACGGAUACCAAACCCACAAUGAUCAUCAUGCAAACGGCGAUUCGCCUGCUUUAGCACAUCCACAGCCCUUGUUACCCCGCCCAAGCAAUCCAGGAACAGCAACUUUAUUAUCUAAACGUUUAACUCCACGAAGUAACAAAAACGCUCGCAACCUAACCAUUUACGCACCUUCAUAUGCUGAGCAGCAUGCGUUGGGUAUCAAAUCUGCCCCACUACAUGCAACCCAUCAACAAAGUGCUCGCCACAAUCCAAACAAAAACUCAACAGACUCAUUACAUCCCAGACACGGUCACACAUUGGCACCUUUACUCUCGCCAAGGGCCCCCAUAGUCGCAUCACAGCGAGGAUUGCGUGGUUAUGGGCAUUCAGAAAGUCUUGCUCCCAAGUCAGCGGCCAAUGCUGGUACCUUUCCAUCGAUUCUCACAUCAUCCACUUCUUCACCACGAAAAGCCGAAUUUCCCAUACCACCCGUCGUUCCUUCUCAACAAGUGCAACAUUAUCAAAAUAUAGUCCCAAUUCCCUCUGUGUACGGACCUAUGUCAGCAAGAUCCGCCAGUGAUCAUACUCCCAAUGCAAUCCCAGCGGUGUCCACUCCCGGGACCGCAGCAGCCGCUAAUAUGCCACCGAAAACCCCUACUACUAAUUCAUUUGCGUCUCUCCAAAAACAGUCUUUCCUACAACCCUUUGAACACCUCUUCGAAAAUAUUGAAAUCACUCGAAGUUUGAAAUCCACUCUGGAUGAUCAAGUACGACGCUCCAGCUCCUUAAUGCAAUCUUUGCAAUCUCAUAACAGUGCGGUGGAAAAUAUGGUCAAGACUCAUAUGAAGGAAAUUCAACGAGAAAUAUCUGAUAAAAUCGACCAACGCUUUGACGAGGUCAUACAACGUAUAUCAGCUCUUGAGUCCACCGCUCCAGAUCAUCGUGAAUCUUCAGCAAAUUCGUCGACCUCGUCCGCCUCCAAUACUUCCCGAACACUUCCAUUUGAUGCAAGUCGUCAACCAGAUACCACCCAUAGGAAAAAGAAAUAGUUUAUAGUUACUUGCUUGAUUGAUCUAGCGAGUGUUUGAAUGUAGUAUGUCUCUCUUCGUUUCUUGAUUCCCCAAUUUCUUGUAAUCAUUAGUUUAUCUUUCCAUUUGCUUUCUUCGUUAUCUAUCUUCUCCUUAAAAAAAAACCUAUCAACUCAUCGCUCUAGCCGUCCAGGUAUUGAUACCAGCCGAGUAA